GUUUGUGACAAAUCAUGGGAAAUGUCGUUAUGUCAGUCCAUCUUCUAUUUGGGAGUCCUUUCCGGUGCUUUCAUUUUCGGUGUAUUAGCGGAUCGCUAUGGGCGUCGGUCUGUGUUUAUGGCGGCGCCUAUUCUCGGCUUUUCGAGUGCAGUGUUGUCUUCAUUUGCGCCCAACUUCUUAAUAUUCUGCAGCAGUUCUGCGGUGACGGCCGCCUGUAUUGCAGGCAUGUAUCAGACGGCCUUCAUUAUAGGUAUUGAGUUCAUUGGUGGCCAGUGGCGAGUCUGGUGCGGAAACAUACACUCAAUUCUGUUCGCUGUGGGCGCCGCCGUCCUAUGCCUUAUGGCUUAUUAUGUGCGCGAUUGGAGACAAUUGCAGUUUGUUAUCGCACUUCCAGUAGCAUUCACUCUCUCCUAUCCCUGGCUGUUCCCUGAGUCGGUUCGUUGGCAGGUCUCC